AUGGCUUAUUUAGAUUUAAAUGCUCCUCUAAGAACAGAUGAUUCAUUUCGCGGAAAAAAAGAUGAAUUUUACCAUAAAGAUGUGAGUCCCCUAGAAGAAUUGCCAAUUGAUAUGUCAUCUGCAGUUGUUUUAGAGUACAUGCACAAUAUUUGUUUAGGUGUCAUGAAAAGGUUGUUAGUAUUUUGGAUAAAAGGUAAAAAACCAGUACGCCUCGAAAAUCCUGAAGCCAUUUCUGAAGAAUUAAAUAAUAUUAAGACUUUUUUACCAAAUGAAUUUAAUCGUUUGCCAAGGUCUUUAGAAGAGUGUGAAUAUUGGAAAGCUACUGAGUUUAGAACUUUUCUCAUUUACACAGGGCCAAUAGUUCUAAAAGGAAGAUUGAAAAACAGUCUGUACAAACAUUUUAUGAUAUUAAGUUGCGCAAUCAGACUGUUAAUUUCUCCUAAAACAUGCUAUACCUAUAACAAUGUUGCUAAAAUGUUAAUUGAACGUUUUGUUAGUGAAUAUUCUACACAUUAUGGAGAAGAAUAUGUAAGCUACAAUGUACAUGGCUUAAUUCAUGUUGCUGAUUUUGUUAUGAUGCAUGGGAGUUUAGAUACAUUUUCUGCAUUUAAAUAUGAAAACUAUUUACAGUUUUUAAAAAAGAGUUGUAAAAAUGCUAGGUUUCCACUAGAAGACACCUAUAAUCGUAUAAUGGAACACAUUGAUAUUGAUACUUCCACAAUUGCACCCAACUAUCCAAUUCUAAAAAAUGAAAUAAAUUAUGACCCUCUAGUUAAUAGAUCAAUUGAUGAAACUUACUAUAAAGAAAUUAUCUUAAACAACUAUGUACUAAAUUCAACAAAUUUAAAAGAUAAUUUUGUUUACAUAAAAGACCAUGGCAUAGUAAAAGUAAUAAAUAUCAUUCAAUUCUCAAACGGUAUAAUUAAAAUUGAAGCAAUCAAAUAUAACAUAUUUCCUAUGUUUCAAAAUCCUAUUUCAUCAGAUAUAAUUAAAAUGUACUAUAUACAUGAUAUAAUCCCAAAACCUCCUUUAAUAUCAAUUGAUAUAGAAUCAAUAAAGUACAAGUGUUUUUCUUUUCCAAUUAGUAAUAAUAAGUCAAUAGCUAUGGCAUUGUUGCAUACUACAUAAUGUUAUUACCUAUAUUUUAAUUUAAUGUAUAUUUUAUAUAAUAAACAUUAAACAAUAAACUGUAAUAACUUG